GGCUUCAGCGGCUCGAAAUUGUUCAUAGCAGCACCUCGGAGUGCUCACUACACAGCAUGAUUGCCGGCUGCCCUUCUCUGGAGUGCUUGCUAAUUUCUCGGUGCAGUGGACCUCGUUGCCUCCGGAUCAAUUCACUUGUCCUCAGAAGCGUUACAGUCAGAAAUUAUUCACUGGGUGGAGCACCCAUGUUAGAGGAAAUCGUCAUCGAGAGUGCCCCUUGCCUCGAAAGACUAUUCGAUCUUAAUCAGAUGCAGGAUUUGCGUGUGUCAGUGCUCUUCGCGCCUAAGUUGGAGACUUUAGGCUGUACCAACUCCACCAGGCUCGUCUUUGGUUCUACAGAUAUUCAGGGAUCGCGCACAAUCAAGUGUUUGGCUCUCAGUAUGCCCACUCUUAGUUUGGCCAUGGUUAUUGGAUUGAUAAGAAGGAUUCCGUGCUUGGAGAAGUUGUACAUUCAGCGCAACACGUCAAGGAAGAACAAUAAUGCGUGGCGUCAUAAAUACCGCGAUCUUCUCAAUAGUCUUGACAUCCGUCUGAAAAUUAUGGUGUUGAAUUGCUAUUCCGGCAGAAGACCUGACGUCGAUUUUGUCACAUUCUUUGCCCUCAAUGCUAAACAGCUAGAGUCGAUGACACUUGUGGUCCACACCGACGAUGAGGACUUCUUGGCAAAACAGCAUCACAAGCUUCAGCUGGAGAAGAGGGCUUCAAGUGGUGCUCGGUUUCAUUUCACCACGGAGCGACGCUACGAAUUUGGAUACGAAUUAUCCUUUUGAGUGGUAGUUUUGAAAAUACUUCGUGUUUGGUCAAGUGAGAAGUUACUCUAUCCAACCAGCAAACCUUAUUUUAUGUUUUGUCCAACAACAAUAAGCUACUAUGUUUGGAGUAUUUUAGUUUGUAUUGUCUUCGAACAUGUUCAAACAAGCUAUGUAUUUAAAUGAUGUUUGCGGCUAUUACUUAUUAUUGUCUUAUCAUGAAUUCAUGAUACCUUGUUUAGAUUAAAUUAUUUGCAUGCGUGGCGCCUGGGUUACUGCAGGGUGGUGGGGUAGUUUUG